AUGUCAAACUAUAAUCCAUUACCACAAUCUGAACCGGAGUCUGGCCCGGUGCCUCCUCCUUAUACUGAAGAACGUACUGCAGGAGAUAAUAUCCCCGAUGAUUUCAAAUACAGUACCAACGUUUCGGAAUGUCUGGUUGACUUAAGACACAUGUUUAUACGUAAAGUGUACUCCUUAUUGACUCUCCAAAUCCUAGGUACCAUUAUUACCGGAUUCAUUAUUCGUUCCAGUCCCUCUAUUCAAAACUGGUGCUUCAACAACAUUUGGUUAUGGAUUGUAAGCAUGGUUGGAUCAAUCGGAUUCUUGGUCAGUACUCUAUACAAGGCCAGAUCAUAUCCCACCAAUUUAAUUCUAUUGAGUGGAUUCACUCUAUGUGAGGCCUACGGGAUUGGGUUGGCCACCGCCACCGUGGAAAGUGGUGUGGUGAUACAAGCCCUUGAACUAACCCUUUUGAUCUUUGUUGGUUUAACCAUUUUUGCCUUCCAAACCAAAUACGACUUUAUCAGUUGGCAAGGUUUCACCAGUAUGGGCUUAUGGGUAUUGAUCGGAUGGGGGUUCCUUUUCAUGUUCUUUCCCCAACAUCUGUCAACUGCAGAAUUGAUCUAUUCGGGCUUGGGUGCAUUGAUCUUUAGUAUCUACAUUAUAAUCGAUACCCAGAAAAUCAUUAAAACUUGUCAUUUAGAUGACGAAAUCCCGGCCACCAUUUCUCUCUACUUAGACAUUAUCAACUUGUUUUUGUUUAUCUUGCGUAUCUUGAAUAACGAUAGAAGAGACUAA